AACAUGCAUCAUCAUCAUCAUGAUAGCCGCAUCCGCCUACAACGUGCGUUACCAUAGCACCUUCACACGUUCUUCCCACCGCCUCUUUUCUCUCUAUAAAUAAGCCCUCAACUAGACUGCUCUCGACGUAUUUGCUCGCUCGCUUCAACUUCAAAACAAUGGGAGAGAAGAAGACGAAGAACGAAGUUGAAAAAAAGCAAAAGGGCAACAAGAAAAGCGAUGGAGAUGGAGGGAAGAAGGACGACGGCUCGCUCACGGUGGUUUUGAAGGUCGACAUGCAUUGUGAGGGCUGUGCCACCAAGAUUAAAAGGUGUAUUCGAGGCAUUAAAGGUGUUGAAUCCGUGAGAGGAGGCGACGUUGACUCGAAUAAGCUGACGGUGAUAGGAAAAGUGGAUCCUGUGGCGCUUCGCGAGAUGGUUGAGAAGAAGGCGAAGAAGAAGGUCGAACUCAUUUCUCCAUCGCCGAAUAAAGAGAAUGACAACAACGGCAACAAAGACAAGGGCAAGGACAAGGAUGCUGGUGGAGGAGGGGAGAAGAAGACCGGAGAAAAACCAGAGAAAAAGCCAGACGACAAGAAGCCCAAAGAGCCUCCGAUAACCACGGCGGUGAUGAAGAUGAAUCUGCACUGCGAGGGCUGCAUCCAGAAGAUUCGCAAAACCGUCACCAAGACCAAAGGGUACCAGGAUAUGUCCAUUGACGGGCAGAAGAAUCUAGUGACUGUGAAGGGGGCGAUGGACAUGAAUGCAUUGGCCAAGUCACUAUCCGAGAAGAUUAAGAAACCUGUGGAGAUUGUCCCGCCGAAGAAAGAAGGCGGCGGCGGCGGCGGCGGCAGUGAGAAGAAAGAAAAAGGCGGUGGCGGUGAGAAGAAAGAGAAAGGCGGCGAUAAGGGUGAGCCAGCCGUUGGUGGUGGUGGUGGCAACGUUGGCAUCCAGGCGGCGGAGAACAGGGUCCAAUACCUGCAGUACGGAUAUCCGAACCCGUACGUGUACGGGUACGAGUUGGGUUAUUACCCAAUCCAGCAUUUCCAUGCUCCGCAAAUGUUCAGUGAUGAGAACCCGAACGCUUGCUCUAUCAUGUGAGGAUGAUCCGAACCAUGGAGCUCUCUUCUACUAAGUUACUCCUAGGAAAGGGAAGAAGCUGUAAAUAACAAUGCAGAGAUGGGUUUUGGGUGAUGGGUUUGGUUAUGGUCCGUUUAGACUUUGCUCACUUUCCUCCAAUGCCUAGUUGGUAAAGAUUCAAGUUAGUAUUUGUUAAUUGGCCCUUAAUUUUGAAUAUUAGAUUUGGGAUGAAUUUAGUUCA